AGGCCUCGGCGGUUGAAGGUCUCUUGUGAGGCAUUCAGAGAUGGCUUCUUCUUUUGCUUCUAAAAUCAUCCUUAUAGCCAUCUUCUCAUUGCUGUCAAGUUCUGCAGUUUCUGUGAAGGGGCAAACACGAACCUUCAAGAAGAUUUACGCUUUUGGUGACUCCUUCACUGACACAGGCAACACCAAGAGUGCCAGCGGCCCGAGUGGGUUUGGCCAUGUAUCAAGCUCUCCAUAUGGAAGCUCCUUCUUUAACCAUUCCACCAAUAGAUACUCUGAUGGGAGGCUUGUGAUAGACUUUGUGGCUGAAGCACUUUCAUUACCUUAUUUGCCUCCUUACCUGCACUCCAAAAAGAAUGAUGCUUUUGGAGUAAACUUUGCUGUUGGUGGUUCUACUGCAAUAAACCAUGAGUUCUUUGUCAGGAACAACCUUACACUCGACAUAACUCCUCAGUCCAUCCAAACCCAGGUUCUAUGGUUCAACAGAUACCUUGAUAGCCAAGGAUGUAAGGGAGUUGCAUCAGAGUGUAAAGAAGAUUUUGAUGAUACUUUGUUUUGGUUUGGAGAGAUUGGAGUCAAUGAUUAUGCCUACACACUUGGAUCUACAGUAUCCCCAGAUACCAUCAGAAAGCUCUCUAUUUCCAGCGUCUCCAAUGCUUUACAGGUAUUGCUACAGAGGGGUGCCAAAUACCUUGUCGUGCAAGGUUUGCCACUAACAGGGUGUCUGCCAUUGUCCUUAUAUCUGAAACCAGAAGAUGAAAAGGACGACAUCGGAUGCGUGAGAAGUAUCAACGAGAAAAGCUACGCUCACAACCUCGUACUGCAAGACAAGUUGCAACAAUUCAGGAACCAGUACCCUCAUGCCAUGAUAGCGUAUGCAGAUUACUAUAAUGCCUACCGAGCAGUAAUGCAGAAUCCUGCCAAAUUUGGAUUCGCAGAGAGGUUCACGGUGUGCUGUGGAGCUGGACAAGGACCCUACAACUUCAGUGUUUUCGCCACUUGUGGGACGCCUAAUAGCACAGUCUGUUCAAGCCCUUCUCAAUAUGUUAAUUGGGAUGGUGUUCACUUGACUGAAGCCAUGUAUAAGGCUGUUUCUAAUAUGUUCCUCCGAGGAAACUAUAGUCAACCCCCAUUUAGUUCUAUGCUGGACAUGAAACAGAGGCACGGGUGAAUGGUUUACCCCAUCAUGAUGUUUGUAUUCCCUUUUUGGUUAUCUUAAAACUGGAAUCGAUCCUCAAUUGAUUAGAUCUCGUACUUUGGCAUUGUUAUGUUCUAAUAAAUUGGAAAGGACAAAACUUCGGUAUA